AUGGCACUGCAUUGUAGAAGAAGUCAGGCUUGGCUCCUUUAUCAGGCAAGUGUCCUGCAUGGACAUUUGGGGAUGUGUUAUAGCACCACAGCUGGAGCAUUGGAUUUGCUGAAGGAGCUUAAGAAUAUUCCCAUGACGCUGGAAUUGUUACAGUCCACAAGAAUUGGAAUGUCAGUAAAUGCUAUUCGCAAGCAGAGUACAGAUGAAGAAGUUACAUCUUUAGCAAAGUCUCUCAUCAAGUCUUGGAAAAAGUUAUUAGAUGGACCAUCAACUGAUAAAGAUCCUGAAGAAAAGAAAAAAGAUACCACAAUUACAUCACAGAAUAGUCCUGAAGCAAGAGAAGAAAGCUCCAGUGGCAGUGUAAGCAGCAGAAAGGAGGAGACGAAUGCUCGAGAUACUUACGUGUCAUCAUUUCCUCGGGCACCAAGCACUUCCGACUCUGUACGGUUAAAGUGUAGGGAGAUGCUUGCUGCCGCUCUUCGAACAGGAGAACGGUCUGUACCUAUAUAUCAAGAAAUAAGGAAUACAGACAUGAAAUACAAAAACAGAGUACGAAGUAGAAUAUCAAAUCUUAAGGAUGCAAAGAAUCCAAAUUUAAGGAAAAAUGUCCUGUGUGGCAAUAUCUCUCCUGACUUAUUUGCUAGAAUGACGGCAGAGGAAAUGGCUAGUGAUGAGCUCAAAGAGAUGAGGAAAAACUUGACCAAAGAAGCCAUCAGAGAGCAUCAGAUGGCCAAGACGGGCGGAACCCAGACUGACUUAUUCACAUGUGGCAAAUGUAAAAAGAAGAAUUGUACUUACACACAGGUACAAACUCGUAGUGCUGAUGAACCUAUGACAACAUUUGUUGUCUGCAAUGAAUGUGGAAAUCGAUGGAAGUUCUGUUGAGUUGGAAGAAUUGGGAAAAUGUCUGGACCAUUGAGAAAAUGGAUUUUGUAACUGGCUUUAAAACUAGGCCAAGGAAGUAGUUUUUCUGCAAAUCAGAUUUUUAAAGAAAAUGCAUCCCUUGGGUUAGUCUUUGUUUUUGACAUAGUAUCAUCCUUUCGUAAAUGCCCGUACUUUCAGAUCAGUAGGGAACUACAUAAUAAUUAUAUGGUAUCUAUUUCAAUUUUUUUUCAUUUUUAUAAGUAAUUGAUAUUAAAUUUUUAUCAAUUAAAUUUUUGGCAAUUUAUUUUUACCUUUUUUUCCUUAAAGGAAAAUUACCUUAACUUUUUUACAGUCUGAAACAAACUCAGUAGAAAUGUAAUUCUUCUCAGUUAAUACAUAAAUGAAAAUUACAUUUUUUCUUUAUUGGCAUGUACCUGCAAAUAUUAAAGGAGGAGAAAGGUAAUAUAAUUGUAAGUUUAUUAAAUGUGGUGUAUACUUGACCAGCUUAUCUAAAUUGUACAUAAUAUUUGAACUAGCAUAUGAAAUUGUUUUUAAUUAUUAUAUUCACAAAUCUGGGAUAAUUAGAUAUUAUUUUGCAUUUGUAACUAAUCGUGAUCAUUAUUUCUUGUAAUUUCUUGUACAUGUUUAUUACUUGUUCUUAAUGGAUUUUACUUUUGGAAACAUGACUUGGCUUUGUUGGAAUCAGUUCAGUUUUGUUUUAUGUACCUGUUUGAAUUUAUAGUAUUUUAGUUUUGCAGAACACUGCAAUGGCAAAGAAUGAAAGUGUCUAUUUUCCCCUCAUAGGAAGAUAUACUGGGAAGGAAAUGUUAGUGUUUUAGUAUAGUGUAGUUAUUAAAAAUAGCUCAUAGAUUUUGAUUUGGAAAUCUAUACUGGCCAAGGAUUAAGUAUAAAGAUUAUAUAAAUCUUUCCAUCUUGAGGUUGAUAGAAAAUAUUUUUGUUCGAGUCUAAUAAGUUGACCUUUUCUGUUAAUGAGGCUGUUGAACAAACUGAAUAUAUGGGCUAUAAUGCAACUCGUUUUAUAGUACAGAUGUUAUAAUUAGGUUUUACUUUUUGUUUAAGUGUUUACCAUUUAUUCCGUUAGGAAUAAGAAAAAUUGAUUUUCACAUAAGUUCCUUAGUGUAUGCUUGCUCUAGCACAUCUUAAAGGCCACUGUUAACAAAGCCCACAACUUAUCAUGCUAAAUCUAUAUUCUAUCAGACACCUACAGAAAGACCUCAGUACAUGCUUUCACUCCCCUCUGCUCCCAUUUCUCAUUUCUUAUUGGAAAUCAGUUUGAUAUAAUACCGAAGACAACAUUUAAAGGUCUUUGUUAAGACCUCUCAUAUAUAAGAAUUGGCCCCUGGUAUCAUUCCAUCUUUACUUUGUCAGUUCACAGAUUAACUUUUUGUUUUAGCAUUUGAAGAGUAAAGUGCAUUUUGAAAAAAUGAGUUUUAAAAAGAAAAAAACAUUAAAAUAGUUCCACUUUUAGAUUAAGCGAUGCAUUUUAAAGUUUGUAAUUCAAAUAAAGUUUCUUGUUAUUAAAUUGUA